GUUGCAGAAGGCAGUUCAUUGCUUCUUCUGCUUUUCGGUCCUAAGUCGAAAAAGUUCGUGAAAACAUUAAAAUUAUUCGCAUUUCGUGAGAUUAGGAAACGGGCUCCUAAAUAAACUUUGAAAAGAAAACGAUAUUAUUUGUGAUUUUAGAAUGUCUAUAGUGAUUUACUGAAAUAAUUGAUUUUGUUAUAAAUUCAAGAAACAAAAAAAAAAACAUUUAAAACCCCAUAAGAGGUUAAAACAAAAAUAAAGGGAUAACAUGAGAGAUUUUAGAAUUUCCCUCCUCACACUUUUUGUGAGCUUGGAAUGUUUUCUUACAAACUAUGGCACCGAUGCGAGAUAUGUUUCGCAAUCACCAAUUUUAGAUCAACAUUUUGCCCCACCUGGAAUGUUUUACGAUGCACGUAGUGGCGCUUUUCGUAGUUUCCCCGGAGGUGGUAGACCAAUUAUUUGUGAAUAUAACAAACGUUGUGCGAACAAUUAUAUAGGACCAAAAUCUCACCCAGAGCAGAAGGAGUAUUACUAUGUUUGCAAGAAAGAUGCUGUGAUCUUUGGAAAAUGCCCAAGCUUACAUAUCUUCGAUGACAGACGCAAGAAAUGUAUCAAGCAAAGAUUUAUUACAUUCCCUCCAGCAGAUAUUGUACCUGCUUGCACAGAACCAGGACGCUUUCCUGUUCCAUCUAACUGUUCAUUGUUUUACUAUUGUGACUAUGACGGCCACGAUUUUCGAAAACAAGUAUUCUGUUGCCCUGGUUCUUCACAAUUCUCUCCGAUGACAAGGAGGUGCUCUUAUCACAGCAAAUGCAUACCGACGCAGAUCUCUGACAAAAGCACUUAUAAUCCAUCGGGUUGUGAGGAUAAAUUCCCACCCUGUUCCAAACCUGGAACAUUCCGUUCCCCUCUAGAUUGUUCAUUAUAUUACACAUGCAGCAAUAAAGUAGAUGGCGCUUUCAUUCAGACACGUUACAAAUGCCCAGAAGGAGCUUGUUAUAGCAAAUCUCAAGGCAAAUGUGUUUCAGGAUCAAACUGCAAUUAUAUGUCUGCAAGCGAUUUGCUUGAUCAAUCGUCUGAAGAAGUCUCUGAUGAAGUUGAUGAUUCUUCGAAUUGCGAUUCCUCAGAGGAAGAUGAUUCUUCGCCACCACCAGUUGAAAAAGAUGAAAAUAUUAGAGAAGUAAAGAAUGCAUUUGUGAAUAUAAAUAUACCAAUCAAUAUUGGUCAAAAGAUUAAUGCUACCAAUGAAAAUUUAAAACAAGAACCAGCUACUCUACCGGCCAUCACCACUCCAGCCUUACCACCACCAGCAACAAUCCCACCGCCAGAAAUAUCACCACCAUUAUCACUUACGGCUCCUGUACCAGUUCCUAUACCAGCUCCAGUUCCAAAUGUAGCCCCACUUCCAUUACCAACACCAGUCACACCACCUGUAGUUACACCUCCACCAGUGAACCUCAUUUCAGAAACAAUACCCACACCAGAAGCCCCAUUACCAACCGUUGCAACUCUCCCAGCAGAACAUCCAAUGCCUGCAGUUGCUCCUCCUCCACCGUCACUGCCUCUCCCACCACUAGUCCCUGAGGCACCAGUAGUACCUCUCCCCCCAGUGACAUUACCUGCAGCACUUCCUGAAUUAGAAAAAUCGAAAGAGGAAGACGUUUCUCUUAUACAACCAGUUGUUCCUCUUCCACCAGUUGCUCCCCUUCCACCAGUAGCACCACUUCCACCUGUUGCUCCUCUUCUGCCAGUUGAUCCACUUCCACCAACACUUCCACUUCCACCAGUUGAUCUUCUUCCACCAGUGCCAGCAAUAGCCCAAUUACCACCUGCACUACCUACAUCAAAUGAGUCUUGUGAGGACGAUGUUCUUCCAAUUCCACCAGUUGCUUCACUUCCACCAGUAGCACCGCUUCCACCAGCUGUUCCACUUCCACCAGUUGCUCCCCUUCCACCAGUAGCACCACUUCCACCUGUUGCUCCUCUUCUACCAGUGGAUCCACUUCCAACAGCAGCACCACUUCCACCAGUUGAUCCCCUUCCACCAGUAGCACCACUUCCACCAGUUUCUACUCUUCCACCAGAACUGCCCUUACCACCAAUUGAACCAAUUCCACCAGUUGCUGAACUUCCACCAGCUCUUCCACUGCCGCCAGUAGCACCAUUGCCUCCAGCACUUUCCAAGAUAGAAGAAUCAUGUGAGGAUGAUGUAAUUCCACCAGUUGCUCCCCUACCACCAGCACUUCCACUUCCACCAGUAGCACCAUUGCCACCAGCUGUUCCACUUCCACCAGUUGCUCCCCUUCCACCAGUAGAACCACUUCCACCAGUUGAUCCACUUCCACCAGUUGCUCCCCUUCCGCCAGUAGCACCACUUCCACUAAUGGAACCACUACCAUCAGUUGCUCCACUUCCACCAGUAGCACCAUUGCCACCAGCUGUUCCACUUCCACCAGUUGCUCCCCUUCCACCAGUAGCACCACUUCCACCAGUUGAUCCACUUCCACCAGUUCUUACACUACCACCAGUAGCACCAUUGCCUCCAGCACUUCCUACAUCCACUGAGUCUUGUGAGGACGAUGUUAUUCCAAUUCCACCAGUUGCUCCACUUCCACCAGUCGCUCCACUUCCACCAGCCGUUCCACUUCCACCAGUUGCUCCCCUUCCGCCAGUAGCACCACUUCCACUAAUGGAACCACUACCACCAGUUGCUCCACUUCCACCAGUAGCACCAUUGCCACCAGCUGUUCCACUUCCACCAGUUGCUCCCCUUCCACCAGUAGAACCACUUCCACCAGUUGAUCCACUUCCCCCAGUAGCACCACUUCCACCAGUUGCUCCCCUUCCACCAGUAGCACCACUUCCACCAGUUGAUCCACUUCCACCAGUUCUUACACUUCCACCAGUAGCACCAUUGCCACCAGCUGUUCCACUUCCACCAGUUGCUCCCCUUCCACCAGUAGCACCACUUCCACCAGUUGUUCCUCUUCCACCAGUUGCUCCCCUUCCACCAGUAGCACCACUUCCACCUGUUGCUCCUCUUCUGCCAGUCGCUCCACUUCCACCAGCCGUUCCACUUCCACCAGUUGCUCCCCUUCCGCCAGUAGCACCACUUCCACUAAUGGAACCACUACCACCAGUUGCUCCACUUCCACCAGUAGCACCAUUGCCACCAGCUGUUCCACUUCCACCAGUUGCUCCCCUUCCACCAGUAGAACCACUUCCACCAGUUGAUCCACUUCCCCCAGUAGCACCACUUCCACCAGUUGCUCCACUUCCACCAGUAGCACCAUUACCUCCAGCACUUCCUACAUCUAAUGAAUCGUGUGAAGACGACGCCCUUCCAAUUCCACCAGUUUCUCCUCUUCCACCAGCACUGCCACUUCCACCAGUGUUACCACUAACACCUGUUGCUCCACUUCCCCCAGUAGCACCACUUCCACCAGUUGAUCCACUUCCACCAGUUCUUCCACUACCACCAGUAGCACCAUUGCCUCCAGCACUUCCUACAUCCACUGAGUCUUGUGAGGACGAUGUUCUUCCAAUUCCACCAGUUGCUCCACUUCCACCAGUCGCUCCACUUCCACCAGCCGUUCCACUUCCACCAGUUGCUCCCCUUCCGCCAGUAGCACCACUUCCACUAAUGGAACCACUACCACCAGUUGCUCCACUUCCACCAGUAGCACCACUUCCACCAGUUAAUCCACUUCCAAGAGUUCUUACACUACCACCAGUAGCAACAUUGCCUCCAACUCUUCCUACAUCUAAUGAGUCGUGUGAAGACGAUGCCCUUCCAAUUCCACCAGUUUCUCCUCUUCCAACAGCACUGCCACUUCCACCAGUGUUACCACUAUCACCUGUUGCUCCACUUCCCCCAGUAGCACCACUUCCACCAGUUGAUCCACUUCCACCAGUUCUUCCACUACCACCAGUAGCACCAUUGCCUCCAGCACUUCCUACAUCCACUGAGUCUUGUGAGGACGAUGUUCUUCCAAUUCCACCAGUUGCUCCACUUCCACCAGUCGCUCCACUUCCACCAACUGUUCCACUUCCACCAGUUGCGCCCCUUCCGCCAGUAGCACCACUUCCACCAAUGGAACCACUACCACCAGUUGCUCCAAUUCCACCAGUCGCACCACUUCCAACAGUUGCUCCUCUUCCACCUGCACUGCCACUUCCACCAGUGACACCACUACCACCUGUUGCUCCACUUCCCCCAGUAGCACCACUUCCACCAGUUGAUCCACUUCCACCAGUUCUUCCACUACCACCAGUAGCACCAUUGCCUCCAGCACUUCCUACAUCUAAUGAGUCGUGUGAAGACGACGCCCUUCCAAUUCCACCAGUUUCUCCUCUUCCACCUGCACUGCCACUGCCACCAGUGUCAUCAGUACCACCUGUUGCUCCACUUCAACCAGUAGCACCACUUCCACCAGUUGCACCCCUUCCACCAGUACUUCCACUUCCACCAGUAGCACCAUUGCCUCCAGCACUUCCUACAUCCACUGAGUCUUGUGAGGAUGAUGUUCUUCCAAUUCCACUUGCUGCUGCAAUUCCGCCCACAUUGCCUUUACCACCAUUGUCACCAGUUACGCCACUUCCACCAAUACUUCCAUUGCCACCAAUAGCACCACUGCCUCCAGCACUUUCUAAGAUAGAAGAAUCAUGUGAGGAUGAUGUAAUUGCACCAGUUGCUCCCCUACCACCAGCACUUCCACUCCCACCAGUUGCUCCACUUCCACCAGUUCUUCCACUACCACCAGUAGCACCAUUGCCUCCAGCACUUCCUUCAUCGAAUGAGUCAUGUGAAGACGAUGUCCUUCCAAUUCCACCAGUUUCACCUCUCCCACCAGUACUGCCACUUCCACCAGUUGCUCCACUUCCACCAGUGUCACCACUUCCACCAAUAGCACCACUUCCACCAGUUGAUCCACUUCCACCAGUUCUUCCACUUCCCCCAGUAGCACCACUUCCACCAGUUGCUCCACUUCCACCAGUUGCUCCACUUCCACCAGUUGCUCCACUUCCACCAGUCGCUCCCAUUCCACCAGUUCUUCCACUACCACCAGUAGCACCAUUGCCUCCAGCACUUCCUUCAUCAAAUGAGUCAUGUGAAGACGACGUCCUUCCAAUUCCUCCAGUUUCUCCUCUUCCACCUGUACUACCACUUCCACCAGUAUCACCACUUGCACCAGUUGCUCCACUUCCACCAGUAUCACCACUUCCACCAGUUGCUCCACUUCCCCCAGUAGCACCACUUCCACCAGUUGCUCCACUUCCACCAGUUCUUCCACUUCCCCCAGUAGCACCACUUCCACCAGUUGCUCCACUUCCACCAGUUGCUCCACUUCCACCAGUGGCUCAACUUCCACCAGUAGCACCACUUCCACCAGUCGCUCCCAUUCCACCAGUUCUUCCACUACCACCAGUAGCACCAUUGCCUCCAGCACUUCCUACAUCGAAUGAGUCAUGUGAAGACGAUGUCCUUCCAAUUCCACCAGUUUCUCCUCUCCCACCAGUACUGCCACUUCCACCAGUUGCUCCACUUCCACCAGUAUCACCACUUCCCCCAGUAGCACCACUUCCACCAGUUGCUCCACUUCCACCAGUUGCUCCACUUCCACCAGUCGCUCCCAUUCCACCAGUUCUUCCACUACCACCAAUAGCACCAUUGCCUCCAGCACUUCCUACAUCGAAUGAGUCAUGUGAAGACGAUGUCCUUCCAAUUCCACCAGUUUCUCCUCUCCCACCAAUACUGCCACUUCCACCAGUUGCUCCACUUCCAACAGUAUCACCAAUUCCACCAGUUGCUCCACUUCCCCCAGUAGCACCACUUCCACCAGUUGCUCCACUACCACCAGUCGCUCCCAUUCCACCAGUUCUUCCACUACCACCAGUAGCACCAUUGCCUCCAGCACUUCCUUCAUCAAAUGAGUCAUGUGAAGACGACGUCCUUCCAAUUCCUCCAGUUUCUCCUCUUCCACCUGUACUACCACUUCCACCAGUAUCACCACUUGCACCAGUUGCUCCACUUCCGCCAGUAGCACCACUUCCACCAGUUGCUUCACUUCCACCAGUGGCUCCACUUCCACCAGUUCUUCCACUACCACCAGUAGCACCAUUGCCUCCAGCACUUCCUUCAUCAAAUGAGUCAUGUGAAGACGACGUCCUUCCAAUUCCUCCAGUUUCUCCUCUCCCACCAGUACUGCCACUUCCACCAGUUGCUCCACUUCCACCAGUAUCACCACUUCCCCCAGUAGCACCACUUCUACCAGUUCCUCCACUUCCACCAGUUCUUCCACUUCCCCCAGUAGCACCACUUCCACCAGUUGCUCCACUUCCACCAGUUGCUCCACUUCCACCAGUGGCUCCACUUCCACCAGUAGCUCCACUUCCCCCAGUAGCACCACUCCCACCAGUUGCUCCACUUCCACCAGUUCUUCCACUUCCACCAGUAGCACCACUGCCUCCAGCACUUUCUAAGAUAGAAGAAUCAUGUGAGGAUGAUGUAAUUCCACCAGUUGCUCCCCUACCACCAGCACUUCCACUUCCACCAGUAGCACCACUGCCACCUGCUGUUCCUCUUCCACCAGUUGCUCCCCUACCACCAGCACUUCCACUUCCCCCAGUAGCACCACUCCCUCCAAUUGCUCCUCUUCCACCAGUGUCUCCACUACCACCAGUAGCACCAUUGCCUGCAGCACUUCCUUCAUCGAAUGAGUCAUGUGAAGACGACGUCCUUCCAAUUCCACCAGUUUCUCCUCUUCUACCUGUACUACCACUUCCACCAGUGUCACCACUGCCACCAGUGGCUCCACUUCCACCAGUAGCACCACUGCCACCAGCUGUUCCUCUUAAACCAGUUGCUCCCCUACCACCAGCACUUCCACUUCCACCAGUAGCACCACUGCCACCUGCUGUUCCUCUUCCACCAGUUGCUCCCCUACCACCAGCACUUCCACUUCCCCCAGUAGCACCACUUCCUCCAAUUGCUCCUCUUCCACCAGUGUCUCCACUACCACCAGUAGCACCAUUGCCUGCAGCACUUCCUUCAUCGAAUGAGUCAUGUGAAGACGACGUCCUUCCAAUUCCACCAGUUUCUCCUCUUUCACCUGUACUACCACUUCCACCAGUGUCACCACUGCCACCAGUGGCUCCACUUCCACCAUUAGCACCACUGACACCAGCUGUUCCUCUUCCACCAGUUGCUCCCCUACCACCAGCACUUCCACUUCCCCCAGUAGCACCACUCCCACCAGUUGCUCCACUUCCACCAGUUCUUCCACUACCACCAGUAGCACCAUUGCCUCCAGCACUUCCUUCAUCGAAUGAGUCAUGUGAAGACGACGUCCUUCCAAUUCCACCAGUUUCUCCUCUUCCACCAGUUCUUCCACUUCCACCAGUAGCACCACUGCCUCCAGCACUUUCUAAGAUAGAAGAAUCAUGUGAGGAUGAUGUAAUUCCACCAGUUGCUCCCCUACCACCAGCACUUCCACUUCCACCAGUAGCACCACUGACACCAGCUGUUCCUCUUCCACCAGUUGCUCCCCUACCACCAGCACUUCCACUUCCCCCAGUAGCACCACUCCCACCAGUUGCUCCACUUCCACCAGUUCUUCCACUACCACCAGUAGCACCAUUGCCUCCAGCACUUCCUUCAUCGAAUGAGUCAUGUGAAGACGACGUCCUUCCAAUUCCACCAGUUUCUCCUCUUCCACCUGUACUACCACUUCCACCAGUGUCACCACUGCCACCAGUGGCUCCACUUCCACCAGUAGCACCACUGACACCAGCUGUUCCUCUUCCACCAGUUGCUCCCCUACCACCAGCACUUCCACUUUCACCAGUAGCACCACUGCCACCUGCUGUUCCUCUUCCACCAGUUGCUCCCCUACCACCAGCACUUCCACUUCCCCCAGUAGCACCACUCCCUCCAAUUGCUCCUCUUCCACCAGUGUCUCCACUACCACCAGUAGCACCAUUGCCUGCAGCACUUCCUUCAUCGAAUGAGUCAUGUGAAGACGACGUCCUUCCAAUUCCACCAGUUUCUCCUCUUUCACCUGUACUACCACUUCCACCAGUGUCACCACUGCCACCAGUGGCUCCACUUUCACCAGUAGCACCACUGACACCAGCUGUUCCUCUUCCACCAGUUGCUCCCCUACCACCAGCACUUCCACUUCCCCCAGUAGCACCACUCCCACCAGUUGCUCCACUUCCACCAGUUCUUCCACUACCACCAGUAGCACCAUUGCCUCCAGCACUUCCUUCAUCGAAUGAGUCAUGUGAAGACGACGUCCUUCCAAUUCCACCAGUUUCUCCUCUUUCACCUGUACUAUCACUUCCACCAGUGUCACCACUGCCACCAGUGGCUCCACUUCCACCAGUAGCACCACUGACACCAGCUGUUCCUCUUCCACCAGUUGCUCCCCUACCACCAGCACUUCCACUUCCCCCAGUAGCACCACUCCCACCAGUUGCUCCACUUCCACCAGUUCUUCCACUAUCACCAGUAGCACCAUUGCCUCCAGCACUUCCUUCAUCGAAUGAGUCAUGUGAAGACGACGUCCUUCCAAUUCCACCAGUUUCUCCUCUUCCACCUGUACUACCACUUCCACCAGUGUCACCACUGCCACCAGUGGCUCCACUUCCACCAGUAGCACCACUCCCACCAGUUGUUCCACUUCCACCAGUUCUUCCACUACCACCAGUAGCACCAUUGCCUCCAGCACUUCCUUCAUCAAAUGAGUCAUGUGAAGACGACGUCCUUCCAAUUCCUCCAGUUUCUCCUCUUCCACCUGUACUACCACUUCCACCAGUAUCACCACUUCCACCAGUUGCUCCACUUCCACCAGUAGCACCACAUCCACCAGUUGCUCCACUUCCACCAGUUCUUCCACUUCCACCAGUAGCACCAUUGCCUCCAGCACUUCCUUCAUCAAAUGAGUCAUGUGAAGACGACGUCCUUCCAAUUCCUCCAGUUUCUCCUCUUCCACCUGUACUACCACUUCCACCAGUGUCACCACUGCCACCAGUGGCUCCACUUUCACCAGUAGCACCACUGACACCAGCUGUUCCUCUUCCACCAGUUGCUCCCCUACCACCAGCACUUCCACUUCCCCCAGUAGCACCACUCCCUCCAAUUGCUCCUCUUCCACCAGUGUCUCCACUACCACCAGUAGCACCAUUGCCUGCAGCACUUCCUUCAUCGAAUGAGUCAUGUGAAGACGACGUCCUUCCAAUUCCACCAGUUUCUCCUCUUUCACCUGUACUACCACUUCCACCAGUGUCACCACUGCCACCAGUGGCUCCACUUUCACCAGUAGCACCACUGACACCAGCUGUUCCUCUUCCACCAGUUGCUCCCCUACCACCAGCACUUCCACUUCCCCCAGUAGCACCACUCCCACCAGUUGCUCCACUUCCACCAGUUAUUCCACUACCACCAGUAGCACCAUUGCCUCCAGCACUUCCGUCAUCGAAUGAGUCAUGUGAAGACGACGUCCUUCCAAUUCCACCAGUUUCUCCUCUUCCACCAGUUCUUCCACUUCCACCAGUAGCACCACUGCCUCCAGCACUUUCUAAGAUAGAAGAAUCAUGUGAGGAUGAUGUAAUUCCACCAGUUGCUCCCCUACCACCAGCACUUCCACUUCCACCAGUAGCACCACUGCCACCUGCUGUUCCUCUUCCACCAGUUGCUCCCCUACCACCAGCACUUCCACUUCCCCCAGUAGCACCACUCCCUCCAAUUGCUCCUCUUCCACCAGUGUCUCCACUACCACCAGUAGCACCAUUGCCUGCAGCACUUCCUUCAUCGAAUGAGUCAUGUGAAGACGAUGUCCUUCCAAUUCCACCAGUUUCUCCUCUUUCACCUGUACUACCACUUCCACCAGUGUCACCACUGCCACCAGUGGCUCCACUUUCACCAGUAGCACCACUGACACCAGCUGUUCCUCUUCCACCAGUUGCUCCCCUACCACCAGCACUUCCACUUCCCCCAGUAGCACCACUCCCACCAGUUGCUCCACUUCCACCAGUUCUUCCACUACCACCAGUAGCACCAUUGCCUCCAGCACUUCCUUCAUCGAAUGAGUCAUGUGAAGACGACGUCCUUCCAAUUCCACCAGUUUCUCCUCUUCCACCUGUACUACCACUUCCACCAGUGUCACCACUGCCACCAGUGGCUCCACUUCCACCAGUAGCACCACUGCCACCAGCUGUUCCUCUUCCACCAGUUGCUCCCCUACCACCAGCACUUCCACUUCCCCCAGUAGCACCACUCCCACCAGUUGCUCCACUUCCACCAGUUCUUCCACUACCACCAGUAGCACCAUUGCCUCCAGCACUUCCUUCAUCGAAUGAGUCAUGUGAAGACGACGUCCUUCCAAUUCCACCAGUUUCUCCUCUUCCACCUGUACUGCCACUUCCACCAGUGUCACCACUGCCAUCAGUGGCUCCACUUCCACCAGUAGCACCACUGCCACCAGCUGUUCCUCUUCCACCAGUAGCACCACUGCCACCAGCUGUUCCUCUUCCACCAGUUGCUCCCCUACCACCAGCACUUCCACUUCCCCCAGUAGCACCACUCCCUCUUGCCCCGACUGCUCCUCUUCCACCAGUAGCACCACUUCCACCAGUUAAUCCUCUUCCACCAGCAGUGCCACUCCCACCUGUAGCACCGCUCCCACCAGUUGCUCCUCUUCCACCAGUACUGCCCUUACCACCAAUCGCACCACUAACACCAGCUGCUCCCCUGACAUCUAAGGGGGACGCUUGUCAAGAUCUUUCCAUCGUCGCAAGUGAUGAUGCCCCUUGUUCUGCCCAAACUGAUUCAUCUGACGAAAUAAAAAUCCCGAAGUUGAAAAUAACAGCCAUGGAACCUUUUGAUCUUGUUGUUAGAUUCUGUACCUCCAAAUGCGGAGCUGAUCAUAAGCACAACGUUCUAAGUGGCAAUAAAAAUAAGGGUAUUUUCAUAGAUUGGAUAAAACCUAAAAAAUCUACUUCAAGACUCUCAAUUCGAUCUUAAUUAUGACCUAGUAUAGCUUAGGAUUUCUUAUGACUGGCGCUUUGGUUUCUCAACUCCAAAACAAGACAGUUAGACAGAGUGCGACAAUGUUGCGUUCUACUGGUGAAUCUAUUUUAUAUUGUUUUUAGGAAUGAGGUACAUUGAAGGUACUUUUACCUGGCCAUCAUUUUAUUGAACAUUUGUGAUACUACAUUUAAUAUUUCCUUUUUUAACUAAUUUUUGUAUACCUAGUUUUAACAGUUUUUGUACAUUUUCAAUUGUAAGACGUAUUUUAUAAGUCACUUAAUUUUAAACACGAUACUAAAAAUUAUAAUGAUCCUAGUCCCGUUGCUUAUCAUGUUAACUUUAAGUACAGCUAGAAGCUUGAACAAAAAGAGAAGCCAUGUAUAACUGCUAUGGUUUUUCCUUAUGCCAAUUCCUUAAAUGACAGUUGAUAUAUUUAUUAUUAUAUCAACUGUCAGUUUCCUAUUAUUCCUUUCCUUAUUUCAAUCUUUUUUUAGCUAUGUAUUUUUAAUAUUUUUUAAUUUGUAAAAUUAAUAAAACCUAAUAAUUUUGUUUAUUUUUCAAACAAAAUAAAAGCUUCACUUUUUGAUUUUUUUUUUUAAUUUUGUAAUUGUCUGCCUUAAGAUUGUGCACUUAUAAUAAUUGCAUUCAAAAAUUACACUUCUAUUUAUCAUUUUUUUACUUUAAGAUUAAGGCUAUAUCAAAUAAAAAAUAA